UGCCUUUAUAUAGUAGGCUGGCUUCUUUAAUUAGCAAUUUUUCUAGUACAAGAUGUCUGGGGAAGAAGAAGAAAACGCCGCUGAGCUCAAAAUUGGUGAUGAGUUUUUGAAGGCCAAAUGUCUAAUGAACUGUGAAGUCGCUUUGAUUCUUGAACACAAGUAUGAGCAGCUCCAGCAGAUGUCUGAUGAUCCAACCAAUCAGAUUUCGCAGGUAUUUGAAAAGUCACUGCAAUAUGUGAAGCGUUUCAGUCGGUACAAGAACCCUGAUGCUGUUAGACAAGCUCGAGAGAUCCUUAGUAGGUAUCCACUUGCUGAAUUCGAGCUCUGUGUUCUUGGGAAUCUUUGCCCCGAAACCGUUGAGGAAGGUAUUGCCAUGGUCCCAUCCAUCAAGAAUAGAGGACGUGCACUUGACGAGGAAGCAAUUGAGAAAAUGCUAACAGACCUUUCUCUAAUAAAGAAAUUCGAGUAGUCUUAUAUUGUGCUUGUCUUGCUAUGCUGCAGCAGUCUCUGCUUCCGAGCCUGUACCACCAUGUAUUUAUUAGUAACAGCUCUGCAAUGCAAAUUGGGCUCUGGCAUUAUGUUGAAAACUUUAUUUGUUGAUUGAGGAAGAAAACAAAACUCGUUUCUCUUUGGACAUUUUUUUCCUUUUAGUAGCUGGUUGUAACCACAAUCCUUUGGUAGACGGACUUAAACUAUUGUAAUGAUAUACAAGGUUUGUUGUUUCGCUUUCGUGAAAGGCAAAUAAGAGCAUGCAUUGAUUGGAA